AUGUCAGGUGCUCAUCCUCCUGCCACGAUGGGGCAAGAGCCUCACCCGCGCCCCAUAACCGCAUAACUCUCUCCCCCGCGCCCUUCCCUUUUCCAGAAAAGAGGAAAUCCCGUCCCGCGAAUCGGGGGGUGUCCCAGAGGCAACCGAGCGGAUACUUAUUCAGAAAUAAGCGCCGCGCCGUCGUGGACUUUGGUACGGGGCGCUUCUGGCAGGCGGCAUCGGGCACCAGAUGCCGUCCGGCCAAAGGGUGGGCCGGGUCGCCUCGAUGGGAGAGGGAGCAGGGCGGGUCGCUCGGGUGAGCGCUCUUCUCCUCCUCCUCCACCACCUCCCCCGCCCGGAGCGAGCAGCUUUUGCAGGACGCGGUGGCUGGGUGGCUCCCUUCCCCCGUCGGCGGGCUGCAGUGCGGAGGUCUGGGCUGCAUGCAAGGGAGAGGAGGAGCGGGGAGGAGCUUGCUGCUCCCCCCCCCAGUGCCCGGCCGAUCGCUUAUAAAGCAGCAUCCCCGGACCCAUCGCCUUUUGCUCCCCGCCACCCACUGCUCGGACCUGCUCGGAGCCCAGCCCAGCCCAGCCCAGCUCAGCAGCCAUGAGCCAUUCCGGCAGCAUCCGCGCCACCUCCUACCGGCGCACCUUCGGGCCGUCGCCCAUGCUGUCGCCGAUGCCCUACUCCUCGUCCCGUCUGGCCUCGGCCUCUCCCGCCACGCGGCUGCUGAGCGCGCCUUCCGCCGCAGCCUCCCUGCGCUCCUACCGCGGGAGCGGCGGCGGGGGCAGCGCUCUCUACCUGCGCACCGGCCCGCUGGUGGGGGUGGCGGUGCCGCCGCCCCGCUACUCCUACAGCGCCGAGAAGCUGGACUUCUCGGUGGCCGAUGCCCUGAACCAGGAGUUUCUGGCCACGCGCAGCAACGAGAAGCAGGAGCUGCAGGAGCUCAACGACCGCUUCGCCAGCUUCAUCGAGAAGGUGCGCUACUUGGAGACGCAGAACGCCGCCCUGCUGGCCGAGCUGGGCCAGUCCCGCUCCAAGGAGCCCACCCGCGCCUCCGACCUCUUCCAGGACGAGCUGCGCGAGCUGCGCCGGCAUGUGGACGCGCUGGGCAAGGACCGCGACCGCCUGCAAGUCGAGAGGGACAACCUGGCCGAGGACUUGGCCGCCCUCAAGCAGAGGAUGGAUGAGGAAAUGCACAAGCGAGAAGAUGCUGAAAACAACCUGGUUCUCUUCCGCAAGGAUGUGGAUGAUGCCACCCUUUCGCGCCUGGAACUGGAGCGCAAGAUCGAGUCCCUCAUGGAUGAAAUCGAAUUCCUCAAGAAACUGCACGAGGAGGAGCUGAACGACAUGCAAGUGAGCAUACACAGCCAGCAGCAGGUGCAAGUGGAGGUGGAGCAGGCUAAGCCGGAUCUGACCGCCGCCCUGAGAGAGAUCCGCACUCAGUAUGAAAGCAUCGCGGUCAAGAACCUGCAGGAGGCUGAGGAGUGGUACAAAUCCAAGUUUGCUGACCUGUCAGAUGCAGCCAAUCGGAAUCACGAGGCCCUUCGCCAGGCCAAACAGGAGAUGAACGAAUCUCGCCGUCAGAUCCAGACCUUGACCUGUGAGGUGGAUGGACUCAAAGGAACAAAUGAAGCCUUGCUGAGACAGAUGCGAGAUCUUGAGGACCAAUAUGGAGCCGAAGUGGGCUCCUACCAAGAGACAGUGGCGCGGCUGGAGCAGGAGAUCCAUCACAUGAAGGAAGAGAUGGCUCGACACCUCCGGGAGUACCAGGACCUGCUGAAUGUCAAGAUGGCUCUUGACAUUGAAAUUGCGACUUACCGCAAGCUGUUGGAAGGAGAGGAAAGUAGGAUUGCAGUACCUGUCCAAUCCAUGGCAUCUUUCAGCAUCAAAACUGCAGGUGAGCCAAUAGCCAGCAUGGGUCUUCAAUGCACCCACAUGCUUUUAUGUUGUUUGACAAAAUUAUGGGCUUCUGAAAGAGAUGGUAGCAGUGGCACAGAAGUCAGCAAUAUUCUAGGUCAGGGGUAGGCAAC